AUGGGGGAUUCUCCUCCUAAGUCUAUGUUUAGUAUUGAAGAGUUUCCAGUAACAGAAAGGGGGUCUGCAUUUUCUGGAACAAGUCCUCCAUCUUUCGGAGGAGAUCCUGGAUACCGGAGCUCCCCUAACUUGAGAAGAAUAAAAGGAAAAGAAACUCGGCAACGGACAGAAUCUGCUUCAGAAGCCUUAGAGACAGACAAUGUUGGAGAGCUUCAACAUUUCCGCUCACGUUCCCGCUCUGCUCCAUCUUCUCUAAUGGUUGCAGCUCGUUAUGGACGGGAGCUGAGACGAAUGAGUGAUGAAUUUGACCAAAUCUUCACGAGUCUCCCUCGACCUAAAAGUGCAAAUGCAGCCACUCAGCUUACUGUUAGCAAGAGUUUUGGAGAAACAUUUUUGAACUUCUUUAGAAGAAAGAACAAAGACAGAACUGCAAUACAGAUGGUGGCGCUCUUCUUCUUUUUGGGUGCACAUUGCUAUUUAUAGAAAGGAAAAUGGACUUAACCACUGA